UUGCUGCGGGUUAGAAAGUUUGACAAGUUUAACCGACAGCCAAAUCUCUCUCUCUUUUUCUCUCUCACUCCUCCGCCUCGGAUUGUCAGCUUUUUUGCGCUAUUUUAUCCACUACAAGUCAAAACUUCCGUGUUUUUGCAUUAACACAGAGCCAGCUCGAUCAGUUGAACUAUAACAGUAUGGAGUUUUUUCAGAAGCUGCUGUCGGGUUUCAGGCUUGACUUGGGACCCUUAAAAGAGCCGCUGGGGUUUAUUCGCCUUCUGGAGUGGCUCUUCACCAUAUUUGCCUUCGCCACCACUGGCGGAUACCAGGGGUCCCUGGCCAUGGUACUCAACUGCCCAGAUAAAUCUCAACACAACAUUACUGCGCACUUCAGCUAUCCGUUCAGACUUUCGAGUUCGUCGUAUCACAUCCCGCAGUGCAACGGCAGCGCCACCUCCCUUAUGUUCCUGAGAGGGAAUUUCUCUUCCUCCGCUGAGUUCUUUGUGUCCGUGGGCGUCUUUGCUUUCCUGUACUGCACCUUCACCCUCAUUCUGUACCUGGGCUACCAGCACAUCUACAGAGAAACCACCCGAGGACCUAUUGUUGAUCUGAUUCUGACUGGGAUCUUUGCGUUCCUGUGGCUCGUCUCAUCCUCUGCAUGGGGAAAAGGUCUGACUGACGUGAAAUAUGCAACCAACCCUGAUCUACUGCUCAGUGAUUGCAAGCCACCGUGUGAGACCAAACUCUACCCUGCCAUGGGACGCCUUAAUUCCUCUGUGGUCUUCGGCUUUCUCAAUCUCAUCCUAUGGGCAGGAAACUGUUGGUUCAUCUUUAAGGAGACUCCAUUCCACAAGCCUGCUCAGUCUUCCUCCAACAUGGAGCAGGGAGGCAGCGCCUAAUCGGAUAAGGCAGACUCCUCACGCUCCUUUCAAGCCAAUCAGAAAUUCGAGAAUGCCAUUGCGGGUUCACACAGACUCGUCCUAAAGUAAAAGUUUGAUAUGAUGAGGUUUUGUCUCUCGGUUGGUCCAGUCCGGCUGCUGUUUUCACUGUGCAGAACGUUCACGCUGCCUGUUCGGUUUUGGGUUUAAGCAGAAAGCAUCCGUUUCGGUCGUGUUGCUCAGUGCAGGAGUUCUCUAUGUGCCUUAAAUUGUUUUGUUUUUUUUCAUCGUUACUAAUCGUUUGUCGUUCACUGACGAUACAAUUGAGUGCAAAAAAGUCUACCAGCAGCACAACAGACGUGUUCCUACAUCAUAAUAAAUAAGUCAAAUGUUUGUAGUUAAAAAGUUAAAAUGAUCAGUUCAGAAGUGAGUAUCCCCCUUUCUGAAUGUGAUUUUUAUAAAUACAGAUAUUCUCGAAUAAAUUUGUGUGUUCUGUAUGUUCAUCCUUUACUUUAGAACCAUCUUUAUUAAAGCUGAAGUCGCUGUUUUUUUCAGUUAUAUCCUGAGGUGCCACUAUUUAGCCACAACGCUGACAAUUUUUCAUCCCUUGUUCCAGCGAUACGGGAGACGCCUGAAAAGAUUUUUACACAAUAAAAUGCACUCAGUAGAAACCUGAUGCCAGCCAUGCAAGUGUGAUUUACUUUCACUUCACAGUGAGUGUGGUCAGAAUGGUUACUGCCAUGUUGUAUUUCUUGUUUUGUUAUUGUACUGUUCCUUGGUGCACAUUUGAAGCCACUCAACCACCAAUAUACAAUAACGCCAACGCCCCCCCCCCGCUCGGAUUUUCUUGUUCGCAACGUUGGUGCGUCUGUCUAUCCAUUCCAACUCUCUGCCAGAUCUACUGGCACAUCUUUGCUUGUUUUUCAUGUCAAAAUCAGUUUGAACUCCGGUCUAGAUUUAUUCGAGAGCCUGUGAGGAUCCACCCAAAACAGUUUUGUGUUAAUCUGGGCCUCUUUCGUAUUGUCUGUAUUACAGGACACGCCUAAAUGUGACUUUGAAAAAGGAUUGGGGUGCACAAACUUUUGCACUCAACUGUAUUUCUCACUGACGUGCGUGUGUGUGUAUAUAAAAACAUAUGUAUGUACAUAUAAAAUGUGUAUACACACGCGCGCGCACACCUGCAUGCGCUAAUAAGCCACUGGACUGUUUCACAUUUGACACAAUUUGCUCUCGUGCUUUUCACUUUGUACCAACUGCAAGCUUUAUGGUUUAGAAACUUGCACACACAACGUGCCUUCAGUACACACGUCACGUGCACUUAGACCUUCCACACUUUAAUAUCUCAUCAUUACAGCAUGAAAAUGUUUUGAAAUAUUUAUUCUACGUAUUCACUGGGACUUCAAAUAACACUUUCACACUAUUUAGAAAUGACUCUUGCACUCGACUCCAGAUCUUAAUACACUUUCCCAGUGCGUCGUGUUCAGUUUAUUGAAGCUGGAUGAGUUUUUGAAGAAACAAAACCAUUGGAACCGUUAAACACCUAAUUUCCUUUUUUUUUUUUUUUAAAAUAUGUUCCUGUUUAUUCAAAUCAGAAACUUGCUUGUACACUUUUUUUUUUCCUGCAUAAUUCCACCAAGCAGUCAGAAUCUUAUCCGUUGUGUCCGUGUGCAUGUUUUGCACGAUUUGUAUGAAGUACAUCACGUAAGAAAAUCUGAGGCAGUUCCAGUCGCACUUUGUUUCUCAAACAAAUUAAAACUCAGUUUGAUUAAGCUUUGUGUUACUUGAGAGUAGGCAUGUGCUGAUGUUUGAUUUGCAAAUUACAAUAACAGCCUCGGUUUUUUAAAUUGGUUUACAGUGUUGUAUUUUACUUGAUUUCUAACCUAUUUCUCAGUUUUGAAUUAAUUCAUGAACAGAAUUCCAGGAUCCUUUUCUCUGAAAAGGACACGGAAACAUUCUCAUUUAAAUCUGGAUAAAGUAAGGAUCCUAAGAAGACUGGUGAAUAAAACACAGGGGUAGUGAUUAAUUUUAUGUUAACAUUUACAUAUUUUGUUACUGAUAUAUUGGCACAUGUCUAAAUAAAUGAAAGAUAAAUGAAAAAUUUCAUUUAUAGCCAUUUUACAGUCUUGUAAGUGUUGUGAUCCUGUCAAAGGGGGAUAACAUGAUUACAAGUCACGGUCAUUUCUGUUUCUCUUCAGGUUUCUUUUAUUUUUUGUUUGUUCUGAAUAUAUAUCUCUGAUUUUGCUUUGGGCUGUUCUUUUCUGCCUUCUCAUGCCUUCUCAUGCAAUAUGAAAGCUUAAACACUGUGCCUUAAUCUCUAAUCAUAGUUUUUUUUUUUUUUUUUUUUUAAAUUAAUAACGAUUCACGGAAUAUUUUUCAAAUUGAAUUUUGCUAUUAACAUUAACAUGAAAAGAAGUGGAGAUGGAGGUUCAUUCUGUUUCAGCAGUAUUGAAGGGAAGCACAUGUGCCUGUUUUUCUUAUUGCCUCGGCUCUCGGAUGUUUUAAUACUGCCUGGAUAUACUUUAGGUUCAAUGUGGGUGGUUUUUUUUUUUUUUUUAAAAACAGGUUUGUGUCAUACAUUUGUUCUUACCCUGUAUUUUGUAUCAGAUACAAAUCACAUCAGUUCAGUUUGCAUUUUCUGUUGUGUUGUAAAGUAUUAAAUGAAGAGAGCUUC